AUGGAGGAAGCCAAAGAAGAUGGUGAAGAGGUAGAUCUUCUAAAGAAAUACCCAGAGCCAGUAGGAAAAUCUUCUGAUCAGUUUUCAGAUCUUCAGAUCAGUACACUGGAUCCCUACUCUUGUUAUACACUUUACAGCUGCUUAAAGCCACAAAACGCCAUUGCCAUUAACUUCUCUGUGCCAUGCCGGAUGAUAUUCCUUCUAUCCUUCUAUUCCAUGGAGCUCCUGGUGGGUGUAUAUGUUACAAUGAACAUAAACGUGACAUCUGGGAACAGAUUCAUCUUACUUGGCCUCACAGAUACCUUGGAUCUGCAGGCUGUUUGUGUCCUAUUGUUCUUGAUAGUAUACCUAAUAACAUGGUUGGCAAACUCUCUACUUAUCAUGGUUGUGAGCAUCAAUGCACAUCUUCAGACCCCCAUGUAUUUUUUCCUAAUCAACCUCUCUAUUAUUGACAUCAGCAUGUCUUCCUCCACCGUGCCUAAGAUUCUGCAAAUCACAUUGGCUCAGGAUAAAAGUGUUUCUCUCUUGGAAUGUGCCACACAGAUGUUCAUUGUUUUAGUUCUAGGGGUGACAGAGUGCACAAUCCUGGCCGUUAUGGCCUAUGACAGAUAUGCGGCCAUCUACUACAACACAAUCAUGAAUAAGAGAUUAUGCAUAUGUCUGGCUGCAAAAUGUUGGACUGUGGGCUUGAUAAAUGCCAUUAUCCAAGUUUUCCUUACAUUUCAACUGCCUUUUUGCAGAUCUCGCCACAUUAACCAUUAUUUCUGCGAGGUGCCACCAAUUCUCCAAUUGUCAUGCCGAGACACUCUUUUCAAUGUGAUAGCCAUGUAUGUGGCAGCUUGUAUUAUCGUCAUCUGCUCAUUCUUCUUGAUUCUUGUUUCGUAUGUUUAUAUCAUUUCUACCAUUCUCAAGAUCCGUUCCACUGAGGGAAGGUAUAAAGCUUUCUCCACCUGUGCCUCCCAUCUCACAGUGGUCUCUCUGUACUAUUGUACCAUUAUGUCAAUGUAUUUGCGUCCUCGUUCUGCCUAUUCUCCAGAGACAGACAAGACUGUGUCCCUUGUUUAUACAUCCGUGACUCCAAUGCUGAACCCCAUCAUCUACAGCAUAAGGAACAAGGAUAUCAAACUGACCAUAAGAAAAUAUCUAACUAAGCAAAAAAUAUUAUUUUGA